GGUUCCUGGUCAGUCUUGACCGCCGACUGGGGAAUCCCAGGGAAGUACCAGUGGGGCUCGGGCACUGGGUGCAUUCGGGUAGAGGCUGCUUGCUGUGACCCCGAGAGCAGGUGUCUGUGUCUUGUUGGUGCUGCAGCCAGCCUCCAAACCAAAUGUGGGUCAUGGUGAAUCCUACUGGCUGGUGCUGCGUGGGGGUAGGGGGAAGAUAAUCAAAACACCAAUAGUUCUGUCCUGCCUGGCACAGUGACCGAUGUCCCUGGCUUGAGCUUGUGGCUUAGCCAGAAAAGGAACGUUUAAAAUGAGCCAAAAAGAAAAGCACAUGAACUUCUAGCUGGGAACAGCCUCCUCUCCUGCAGGGCUGUGGGCGGCCUGGACAGCAAGCAUGGCGCCCUCCGGCCAGGUGGCGGAGAAGCAGGAGCCCCCGGAGCUUGGACGGGACCCUGAGCUCAAAUCCUGGAGGUGCCUGGUGUUCUACCUGUGUUUCUAUGGCUUCAUGGCACAGAUGCGGCCCGGGGAGAGCUUCAUCACCCCCUACCUCCUGAGCACCGAUAAGAACUUCACGCAGGAGCAGGUCACCAACGAGAUCACGCCGGUGCUGUCCUACUCCUACCUGGCGGUGCUGGUGCCCGUCUUCCUGCUCACUGACUACCUGCGCUACAAGCCGGUGCUGCUGCUGCAGGGCCUGAGCUACAUCUCCGUGUGGCUGCUGCUGCUGCUGGGCGAUUCCGUGCUGCACAUGCAGUUCAUGGAGCUCUUCUACAGCCUCACCAUGGCCGCCCGCAUCGCCUACUCCUCCUACGUCUUCUCGCUCGUGUGCCCGGCCCGCUACCAGCGCAUGGCCGGCUACUCGCGCACGGCCGUGCUGCUGGGCGUCUUCACCAGCUCCGUGCUGGGCCAGCUGCUGGUCACCGUGGGCCGGGUCCCCUUCUCCACGGUCAACCACAUCUCCCUGGGCUUCCUCACCUUCAGCCUGGUCCUCGCCCUCUUCCUGAAGCGCCCCAAGCGCAGCCUCUUCUUCAACCGCGCCGCCCCCGCGCGCCACGGGGCCUCGCCCUCCGAGCUGGACCGCAUGAACCCGGCCCCCUCCCAGCCUGCAGACGCCAAGCCGGGCCGGGCGCCGCUGGGGGCCUGGCGGGACUGGACCCUGGUGCGCAUGCUCCGGGAGCUGGGGGACCACCUGCGGCUGCCGCAGCUGCGCCUCUGGUCCCUCUGGUGGGUCUUCAACUCGGCCGCCUACUACCUGAUCGUCUACUACGUGCACAUCCUGUGGAACGUGGUCAACCCCACCACGGACGCCUCCUCCGUCUACAACGGGGGGGCGGAUGCCGCGUCCACCCUGCUCGGUGCCAUCACCUCCUUCUCCGCGGGCUUCGUGAAGAUCCGCUGGGCGCUGUGGGCGAAGCUGGUCAUCGCGGGCGUGACGGCAGUGCAGGCUGCGUUGGUCUUCUUCAUGUACAGCACGAGCAGCAUCUGGCUGUGCUACGUGGCCUUCGUGCUCUUCCGUGGCGCCUACCAGUUCCUGGUGCCCAUCGCCACCUUUCAGAUCGCGUCCUCUCUUUCUAAAGAGCUCUGUGCCCUGGUGUUCGGAGUCAACACAUUCUUCGCCACCGUCCUCAAGACCAUCGUCAUCCUCAUCGUUGCCGACAAGCGGUGUCUGGGCCUCCCGGUGCGCUCGCAGUUCCUCGUCUACUUCAUGUUCUUCCUAGUGCUGUUCAUUGUCUACCUCUCGGUGGCCAUGCUGGUGAUCCUGCGGCACCUCCGGGAAGGCCGCCACCCGCCCCUGGCCCUGCCCCCGCCCCAGGAGGAGAAGGCCGAGCAGGUGCUAAGCCUGCAGGACAGAGGCCUCAGUGGCCCGAAGCCGGAAGCCCCCCCACCGGCCCUGGAGGACAGCGUGUGGACGGCAGGGUUGGCCUCUCGGGAACAGAACCAGCACCCCGAGGCCAAAGCCUGACCCAGCCCGGCCUAGCGGGAGGCCAGGCUCCUCUGGCACCGGAGGCAGCCCGUGCAGCGUGCUCCACGUCCUGGGGCCUCGAUGUCUCAGAAGGGAUGUCUCUUCGCAGCUUGCCCAGGACCCGGGUUCCGGCACGGUCCACAUUCCAGUGUUCGCAUUGUGGAGCCAGGGACUGACGGGGACCCUAGGUGGGAUAUCCCUGUGACCCACACCCCGAGGGCUUGUCUGGCGGUGGCCCUGAGUACUGGUUCUCGUCCCCAUCCCGCUGCCUGCUGGGGCACUGCGGGCUGGCUUGCUGUCCCCGUGGCGGGGAGGGGGGUCUCAUGUGCCCACCAGGCCACUCUGCCUUCACCCCGCCCCCCACAAGAGGCAGGUCCUGCUUGUUCCUGGGGACCAGUGAGGGGGCCAAGAUGCCAGCCUCAGGGACUCAGUCCCCCACAGGGUAUCCUGUGCCCUGCAGGGCCAGGCCGGGAUCCCUGAUUCCCGUAGCCUGUGGCUAAACUUGGUAAGGCCAGUUGUCCAGGUACUUGCUUUAGACUAUGUCCCUUUCCUAAAAAAAGUUGACCUAAAUGAGAAGCCUCAGUGGGCUUCUCUUUCCGGGUGAGACGCCAGGCAUUGGCCGCUGGCAGACAUUUGCCCGUCAGGUGGAAGCUGGGACGCGGGGGCCCUGGAGCCCCGCUCCUCCCCCAGCGGGCUAACCCUGACCUACCUCACUGGUGACUGCAGACCGCUUGGGGUCACUCACCCACGUGCCGGCCCACACGGGACCCACCCUGAGCACACCGCCUCAGAUGCAAGACCGUCGGCUCUCCCCAAAAUCAAACCACAAGCUCCACACGUGGAGGGGCUCCUGGUCUUGUACUAACCUGGCGUGGGUGGGGGCGGCUGGUCAGGAGGCCAAGAAGAGGGCCCCGGCCCCAGGCAGGAACCCAAACCAGGCCCCCACGGCCUCGAGCUGAGCACAGCCCCCUCCUACAGCCCUGUCUUGAGAAGCGCCCGUGCCCCGCGGGAAGGGAAGGCCAGCUGCUCGGAGCCAGCUUGGUGCAGAGAGGUUGGAGCAGCCCUCCUGGAGAGGAGCUGCCUGCACCCAGGGGUCCCUGAGGUCCGCUUGUCGGGACAGGGUGUCUCAGGAGGCUGCCCUGAGGCUGCAGGAGGAUGCUGGGGGGCAGGGCAUCCACAGGGGGCCUCCCCGCUGACUCCCCACCCCCACCCACCCCAUGCCCCAGGGACCCCGUGGGGAGGGGCAGUGCUCUUCCCCUUCCAUGCUCAGGGAUCCUGCGGGACUUGCCGGGUGGAGGGCGGUGCCUCUCACCUCUGGUCACUGACCUCGUGAUGGAGGCCUUUGCGCUUGCCCCCACCCUGACCUGCGAACGCUCCCAUCGGUGGGUGGCCCAGCCACCUGGCCCCAAGGUGGGUUCUGCAUGCUGCAGCAGCUCUGGGGAGAACAUGGGUGCUGGGUCUACACCCCGGCUUGCCUGUGCGGACUGCCGGCCGUCCCCAGGGACGCUCCGGAGACCAGGUUUAGGGCACCAGCAUCCCCGUGCACGUGUGUGCAUCUGACAUCCGUGUACAUCUAGCCACGCCCACCUGUGCGCCUUCAGCAGGACCCACCAGCGGGACAAAGACUCCCACGGUCUGUCUCACGAUAACGAAGCCUGCUUCCAAACCGAGUGUCCGUGCAAAAGGCCGUUUUUAUUUGGAGCCAGUUGGGAAACCACAUUACACAGUUAGCAGGACCGGCUGCCGUGGUUUACAGGGCAGCGUUGAGACAGCAGACCUGAGGCACUUGGCUCCGUGCCCACGACCCUUCCAGCACAGCCACCAGGGGGAGGGACCCUGGGGUGCCCCCAGAACUUCCCCUUCAGAGUGCUGUGUCUACACAGCCUCGGGUCCUAGGGCUCGGCAAGGCCGGUCUCGGGUGAGCCGUGUCCUGGCUGAGGACAGGUGUCGCGAUCCUGUUUGCCCCUGUGCCUUGUUUUAAGUAAGCUUUGUGCCC